GGCCCUGAGCUGGGGGAACGCCGCGGCCCUCCUCCUCCUCCCUCGGUCAUCGGGGUUCUUCCGCUCCCCCGGGCGCAGCCCUGCAGGCGGGAGGCCGGAUCUCCGGGGCCGGGGUGGGCCUGCCGACCGGCUCGCGGCCUCUGCCGCCCCCUCCUGGGCGAGGCGGCAUCGGGGCGCUCCCAGUGCCCUUCCGUCUAGGCCCCGGCGGCUCCUCCCGGGGGACAACUCCGCCUUUUACUAAUUUGUCCUCUCGCGGAGCUGGGUGAAGGUGGCGGAGAGGAUGGCGGAGGAAAUCAUCACGCCGGUGUACUGCACAGGGGUGUCUGCACAAGUGCAGAAGCAGCGGGCCAAGGAGCUGGGUCUUGGCCGCCAUGAAAACGCCAUCAAGUACAUGGGCCAGGAUUAUGAGCAGCUGCGGGCUCAUUGCCUGCAGAGUGGGGUCCUCUUUCGUGAUGAGGCCUUCCCCCCGGUGCCCCAGAGCCUGGGCUACAAGGACCUGGGCCCCAACUCCUCCAAAACCUAUGGCAUCAAGUGGAAGCGCCCCACGGAGCUGCUCUCAAACCCUCAGUUCAUUGUGGAUGGAGCCACCCGAACAGACAUCUGCCAGGGAGCACUGGGGGACUGUUGGCUCCUGGCUGCCAUUGCCUCCCUCACCCUCAAUGACACGCUUCUGCAUCGAGUGGUCCCACACGGCCAAAGCUUCCAGAAUGGCUAUGCUGGCAUCUUUCAUUUCCAGCUGUGGCAGUUUGGGGAAUGGGUAGAUGUGGUCGUGGAUGACCUGCUGCCCAUCAAGGACGGGAAGCUGGUGUUCGUGCACUCCGCCCAAGGCAAUGAGUUCUGGAGCGCCCUGCUUGAGAAGGCCUAUGCCAAGGUGAAUGGCAGCUACGAGGCCCUCUCCGGGGGCAGCACUUCCGAGGGCUUUGAGGACUUCACAGGCGGGGUCACCGAGUGGUAUGAGCUGCGCAAGGCACCCAGCGACCUCUACCAGAUCAUCCUCAAGGCGCUAGAGCGAGGUUCCCUCCUGGGCUGCUCCAUCGACAUCACCAGUGUCCUGGACAUGGAAGCCAUCACCUUCAAGAAGCUGGUGAAGGGCCACGCCUACUCUGUGACAGGGGCCAAGCAGGUGAACUACCAGGGCCAGAUGGUGAGCCUGAUCCGGAUGCGGAAUCCCUGGGGCGAGGUGGAGUGGACGGGCGCCUGGAGCGACGGCUCCUCGGAGUGGAACAACGUGGACCCUUACGAACGGGAGCAGCUCCGGAUCAAGAUGGAGGAUGGGGAGUUCUGGAUGUCCUUCCGUGACUUCUUGCGUGAAUUCUCCCGCCUGGAGAUCUGCAACCUGACGCCCGACGCGCUCAAGAGCCGGUCGAUCCGCAAAUGGAACACCACGCUCUACGAGGGCACCUGGCGGCGGGGGAGCACCGCGGGCGGCUGCCGGAACUACCCAGCCACCUUCUGGGUCAAUCCCCAGUUCAAGAUCCGGCUGGAGGAGACGGACGAUGCCGACGAAGACUACUACGGGGGUCGCGAGUCAGGCUGCAGCUUCGUGCUAGCCCUCAUGCAGAAGCACCGCCGCCGUGAGCGCCGCUUUGGCCGCGACAUGGAGACCAUUGGCUUCGCAGUCUACGAGGUUCCUCCGGAGCUGGUGGGCCAGCCGGCCGUGCACCUGAAGCGGGACUUCUUCCUGGCCAACUCGUCGAGGGCACGCUCGGAGCAGUUCAUCAACCUGCGGGAGGUCAGCACCCGCUUCCGCCUGCCGCCCGGGGAGUACGUGGUGGUGCCCUCCACCUUCGAGCCCAACAAGGAGGGCGACUUCGUGCUGCGCUUCUUCUCGGAGAAGAAGGCGGGUACUGAGGAGCUGGACGACCAGAUCCAGGCCAAUCUCCCUGAUGAGCAAGUACUCUCAGAAGAGGAGAUUGAUGAGAACUUCAAAGCCCUCUUCAGGCAGCUGGCAGGGGAGGACAUGGAGAUCAGCGUCAAGGAGCUGCGGACCAUCCUCAACCGGAUCAUCAGCAAACACAAAGACCUGCGGACGAAGGGCUUCAGCCUGGAGUCAUGCCGUAGCAUGGUGAACCUCAUGGACCGGGACGGCAACGGGAAGCUGGGCCUGGUGGAGUUCAACAUCCUGUGGAACCGCAUCCGGAAUUACCUGGCCAUCUUCCGGAAGUUUGACUUGGACAAAUCGGGCAGCAUGAGUGCCUACGAGAUGCGGAUGGCCAUUGAGUCUGCGGGCUUCAAGCUCAACAAGAAGCUGUAUGAACUCAUUAUCACCCGCUACUCGGAGCCCGACCUGGCGGUGGACUUUGACAACUUCGUGUGCUGCCUGGUGCGACUGGAGACCAUGUUCCGGUUUUUCAAAACUCUGGACACAGAUCUGGACGGAGUCGUGACCUUUGACUUGUUUAAGUGGUUACAGCUGACCAUGUUUGCCUGAGGCCAGGGCUCGGGUCCCCUGGUCCCGCUCCUCUCCCUCGUCUGCCAAGCCAUGCCUUCCCGCCAUGCCGCACCGGCCACACCAGCUGCAAGUGCCUUCCUCGGAGCAGGAGGCGGCCUUGGCCUCCUGUCCCCUCACCUCCCAGCUGCCGCGGUCCCUCUGCUCUGCGUGGAGCCGUGUGGCCUUCCCUGCCCGACGCCAAGCGAGGAAGGCCGCUUUCGCUUGUUCCUGCCUCAGGAUGGGGCUCCCGGGGCAGCUGACAGCCCCAGGCCUCCGAGCACCCUGAUGUGCUCUGCCCUCUCACUCCGGCCUGAGGGCACCCACCCGGCCUGCACACCGGGCCUCCCCUGCAGACUUUAAACCAUAACCACUAACUCUGCACUGUCUGCGGUCUAGAUGUGCAGAGCCCUUCCCA